GAAUGCAGGUAAGAGAGGCCUGGGCUCCUGUCCUCUAGGGUGGGCUCCCGGUGCCAGGGCCCUGGCCAUGCAGGACAGCGGCAGAGGCGGGCGGGGCUGGCUGCAGCUCUCUGCGCCCCUCCCCUAGGAUGCUGCAGCCAGAGGGCCUCCAGGCCCCCGAGGAGGGGACAGCGGCUGGAAUCCGGCGAGGUGACUGCAUCGUCUGCUACUCAGCCUACGACCUCACCGGGCACUUGCCCCGACGCCUCUACUGCGGCCACACCUUCUGCCAGGCAUGCGUGCGGCGGCUGGACAUGCCGGCCCACGAGCAACGCUGGAUCCCCUGCCCGCAGUGCCGCCAGAGCACACCCACGCCCCGGGGAGGGGUCGCCAUGCUGGACCUCGACCUGGCCGCCUUCCUGGCCAUCAAGGCCGAGAGGGAGCCGUCCCGCCUGGAGCCCCGGCGCCCCGUGCCCCUCAAAAGCAGCACUGCCGUCACCCAGCAGCCGGCUGUGCUCUGCCCCACCCUGGGCGCCCAGCCUCACUUCCCUCAGCCCACCUGCUGCUGCUGGGGCUGCAGCCACCUCUGCUGGGACCCCCCAGGCAGCCCCGAGGUCUGAGCUCUGGCUGCUGCAGCUCCUUGGGCAGGGCAGUGGCCGCUCGCGGCAUGCGGGCCGCUGAACCCCUGACGGAGGCACAGGUUGCCCAGAACAGCCUGGGGACAGAGUGUCCCGGGUGCCGCACCCUAUGGACACCCCCAGGCCACAGCCUAAGGUCAAGGGCUGUGGCCACAGUGCUGUGAGACUCUGUAGGGGACCAGUGACUGCCUGCCAAAUCUGGCCAGGAUGCCCAGACCCUGAGCUUGCCUGUGUG